AUGUCAAAUAUUGAAGACUAUUCUGAAGAAUAUUUUAAAGAAUAUUUUGAAAACCAUAACACUGAUAAUAAAAUUCUUUCUGUUCAAAAUACAACCACAUCUCUCCUAAAAAAAGAAUUUCUAAAAUUUAUCAAUAUUUUACUUAUAGAACUAAUGAAAGAUGACACUGCAAAUAUUGCAUGUAAUGAAAUAAUUGACUUAACUCCUGAUAAAUGUAAUGAAGAAGCAAAUACAAGUGAAAGUGAUAAAGAAAAUAAUAUAAAAUCAAAUGAUAGUGAUGAAGAAAAUAAUGUAGAAAUAGAUAAUAGUAAUGAAGAAAAUAAUAUUGAAACAGACAAUUAUUAUAAUGACGAAUUAUUUGACUUUACAAAUUUAUGGAAUUAA